CGCUCUCCAACUGAGCAGCUGUCAUUCCGGUAGCUGACGGGAAUUUCUAUCUGUUCUUGGGUAUUAGGUUAGAAGACAGUCUCGUUAUGUCGUUGCCAGAUGCAGUGGCUGCAGAUGAGCCUGCAGCCGCAGAGAAAUUUUUAUUUAUGGCCCCUGUCAGCAAGACCCCCAAGAAGAUCCAGUUUGCUGAUGACAUGCAGGAGUUCAGCAAGUUUCCUACCAAAACUGGUCGCAGAUCGCUAUCACGCUCCAUUUCUCAGUCAUCCACAGACAGCUACAGUUCUGAUAGUUCAGAUGACGAGACGUCUCCAAGAGACAAGCAACAAAUCACCUCGAAAGGUAGUGCUGACUUCUGUGUCAAAAACAUCAAACAGGCUGAUUUUGGUCGACGGGAGAUUGAAAUUGCAGAACAAGAAAUGAUGGCUCUAAUCUCUCUGAGGAAAAGAGCACAGGGAGAAAAACCCCUAUUAGGAGCAAAGAUCGUGGGUUGCACACACAUUACUGCACAAACAGGGGUUUUGAUAGAAACACUGUGUGCUUUGGGUGCUCAGUGCCGGUGGUCUGCUUGCAACAUCUAUUCUACUCAGAAUGAGGUAGCUGCAGCCUUGGCUGAGUCAGGUGUUGCAAUUUUCGCCUGGAAGGGAGAGUCAGAAGAUGAUUUUUGGUGGUGUAUUGAUCGAUGCGUGAACGCUGAUAGUGGUUGGCAAGCAAAUAUGAUCCUGGAUGAUGGAGGUGAUUUAACCCACUGGGUCUAUAAGAAGUAUCCUCAUGUUUACAAACAAAUUCGUGGAAUUGUGGAGGAGAGCGUAACAGGAGUGCACAGGGAAUUUGGCUUGAAAAAUCCUUCAUUCCAGGGGGCCACAGUCUGCACAGUUCUCUCCUCUCUCCCCUCUCCUGCUGUCCCCUCCCAAAAGAAUUCAUAAUAAUGAUAAUAAUCUGAGUUAUUAUGGUUAGACUGCAAGUAGGAAGCUAUGAAGACCAAGCUAAAAUGGCAGCUGCAAUCUCUAACAAACAGAUACAGCUUCUAGGGCUCUUUACUCAGGCUGUAUCAGCUCUCCAAAGCUGGUAAACUGUGUGUUCCAGCAAUGAAUGUUAAUGACUCUGUUACUAAGCAGAAGUUUGAUAAUCUAUACUGCUGCCGAGAAUCCAUAUUGGAUGGCCUAAAAAGAAGCACAGAUGUUAUGUUUGGUGGAAAGCAGGUUGUAGUGUGUGGAUAUGGAGAGGUUGGUAAGGGAUGUUGUGCAGCUCUGAAAGCCCUUGGAGCUAUUGUCCAUGUAACAGAAAUUGAUCCAAUUUGUGCUCUUCAAGCCUGUAUGGAAGGUUUUCGUGUGGUGAAAUUAAGUGAGAUUAUUCGACAGGUAGAUGUGGUCAUUACUUGCACAGGAAACAAAAAUGUUGUAACUCGGGAACAUUUGGACCGCAUGAAAAAUGGCUGCAUUGUAUGUAACAUGGGACAUUCCAAUACAGAGAUUGAUGUGACCAGCUUGCGUACUCCUGAGCUAACAUGGGAACGCAUCAGAUCUCAGGUGGACCAUAUAAUCUGGCCUGAUGGGAAACGGAUAGUUCUUCUAGCUGAGGGUCGACUUCUCAAUCUAAGUUGCUCAACAAUUCCUACAUUUGUGCUCUCAAUUACAGCAACCACAGAGGCUCUAGCUCUAAUAGAACUAUACAAUGCCCCUGAAGGACGAUACAAGCAGGAUGUGUAUCUAUUGCCCAAGAAGAUGGAUGAGUAUGUUGCCAGUCUCCAUCUGCCCUCUUUUGAUGCACAUUUAACAGAAUUAACAGAGGAUCAGGCUAAGUAUUUGGGGCUUAACAAGAAUGGACCUUUCAAACCAAACUAUUACAGAUAUUGAUGGAUCAUUAAAGGCUUACUUUAUGUUUCCCAAGACAAAUAAAGAAAGAAGACCAGUCUAUAUAUAUUUUCUCAUUGCUGUAAUAUAUGUCUUGUUCUCUUUG